CUACACGGUCACUGUGGACCGAUCACAUGCCUGUUCAUCGAUCAGUGGCAGUCGGGUAUGGCGGGAUCGGGCUCCCAGGAUGGUUUGCUAUGUGUUUGGGAAUUGACGACGGGUGCCUGUAUGUACAAAAUUCAGGCUCACGAUGAUUCGAUCGUGGCCCUUUCCGGAUCGCCCAGCUAUGUGAUAUCACUCGGUCUGGACGAGCGGAUACGGGUGUGGGAUCGGUUUCAGGGACACCCACUGAGUACGAUCACCGUUAGCCAUGCGUAUUCCGCGCUGAUCAUGCUAACACCCUCCCUGCUAGUAACUGGCAAACCAGGUGCUCUGGUCGUGUGGGAUGCCCGCAGUGGGGAGGUAGUCCGCGAGGUGAAGCUAGACUGCUCUAACAUGCAACUCUGUCCAAAGAUCAUGCUCCCGGCGGGUGGUUCAGUGAUUUGUGAUUACGGCAAUCAAAUGCGCAUCGUACGGUUUCCACUGGUUGCGGCCGACAAAUGCGAGUAAGGCGGUUAAGUGAAGAAAACCACUCGAGGUAUCGAGCCGUGCUGCUAGAAAAAGGGGGGGGGGGGGGGAGACUAAUAUACUGGCUUGGGGCUCUCUAAAGGCCUAACGUUCCUUGUUCUUGAUAAUCGGAUUCCGUUUCGUGUCCAUCGCUUGCUUCUGCACACGCUGGAUAAUAUCCGCAAUGUUCAGUUUUUUCCUGUUUCGAUAUGGUUUCUUAAAAGUGCGCACCUUCACUGCGUAACAGAGCGAAAUCGUCCAAUCGCUCGACAAAAUCAAUAGCCUAGCAAGAAAGCCUCACGCGCCGCUGCUCAAAUGUUAGAUUGUAGGUAUGCUUUAGUUAUAUUUUGUUUUAUUUAACCUAACGAUAAUGAUUUCUGUUAGCCGAGCUAGUAUAGUAACCGCUAGAAGAUAAGGAUAUCGUAAGCACAAGCAUAGCAAAGCAAGAGUAAGGCAGUACCACGUACUGCACAAAGACAAACUGUAGCAAUUGGUGGUCGGUUCAAGUGACGACCCUCACUGAGAUAGGAAAAGAUGUCUUCUAUCCGUGAUCGUUCUAUUUGUUGUCGAUUAUCUACGUUUGGCAUUCAAUGAUUGGAAAAUGUGUCUGAUUGUUUGCUCCCUAACUUACAGAUAGGCUUAGAGUUGGAAAAGGACGAUGGUAAGAAGAAUUCAAUUGCAGAAGCAUGGGUUUGUCGUUUCAUUUGCCUUUCACGUAGUGACUAAUGCUCAAAGCACAUUAUUUAUGUUUCUGGUACAACGUUUCUGGUACUGAGUCUUACAUGUUAGAUGGAAGGCUUUGGGUUCAAAAAUGUCUGCAAGUGAUCAAGCAUGAACACAUAGAUACAAGUAAAAAAUCAAAAAAUGAAGACACCACAUACCACAGGCACAGACACACUCCCAUCUGAGAGCUUACGAACUUUUACUUUCGGAUUAAUCACGAAGGACUAGGAAAGGAACACCCAGCACACGAUGCGUGUGGCACACGAUAGAUGUAUAAGGGACAAGGCGCUCAUGCCAAGAGACACAGCCCCACGUUAACAUAAAAAAACACAACUAAAUGCGAAACAAAUUCAAUAAACAACACUCCACACUCGAGCGCAACAGAAACGCUUAACGCAAAAUGAGAGAUUAGCACUAUUUUUCAUUAAAUUAUUAACACUCGUAGUGGUAGCCAGACAAAGACGCGGCGGGAGCACCCAUACCUGCAAGUGAAAUUGAUCGCGGAACCCAUAGGGUAGGACUACAUGCUAUAUGCAGCUAAGUACUGACACGACCAAAAACACAUCCUAGCAAACAUGCCGUCAACUGUACGCAGCAUCGACCCCUUAACAAACCAGCCUACCUGAUAUCUUCACAGAGAUUGGCAGUUUUGCCAGGCAAUGAAUAAAGAAACAUAAAACACUCAACA